CAGAGUGCUUCUCAUGUUGAGACACCUCCUUGUCUUUGUUACUUUCAGUUGGCAGAUAUAAGCUUUUCCUCCAAUACGGCUUAACAGUCAGCAGAAUACAUUGAAAGAUGCCGGACUGGGAUUUAUUGGGAAACUACAAGAUACAUUUUCUAUAACUCAUACUUUCAAUCGUCCACCAUCUGUAACAGGGCUCGCUUAGCCAUUGUGAUGAUGGAAUCCGAACAACUCUCCCUGCUGUCCUCCUUGAAAGGAGAGUUGCAGUCUGAGGAUUACAUUCAUCCCCACUAUAAGGAGGCUUAUCGCCUUGCUAUCGAUUCCCUGGUGAAUGGCGGCAGAGAGAGCUACCAGGAGUUCCUCAAGGCCGAGCGGAUAGGGAGCUUUCUCUCAGAAGAUGAACUCCACUUCAUCACUACAAAUGCCUCACAGCCAUUGCCUAGCAGCCACACAGAAGAAAUCAACGGACCAGCACUGGACACUCCGGCCAGCAAGUCCUCAACUGGGACGUACUGGCCUGUGCACUCAGACAUAGUAACACCCGACCUGGAGUUAGGAUGGCCGAUGGUCAUGCAUGAUAAACUCCAAACCAAUAUUGAUCUGCUUUUCCAUCCACCCAGACUAAACAGCCCCACCAUCAAAGAGGUGAUCCGUAAACAGAUUCAGGGUGCCAGACAGGUCAUUGCAAUAGUAAUGGACAUUUUUACAGAUGUGGAUAUAUUCAAAGAAGCGGUUGAUGCCUCCAUCAGAGGAACUCCAGUUUAUGUGCUUCUGGAUGAAUUUCAUCUGCAAAGCUUUCUCUCAAUGGCUGAGAAUCAAGACAUCCAAAUCCCAAAACUUAGGAACAUGAGAGUACGCACAGUGAAGGGGCAGGAUUACAUCUGUCGUUCAGGAGCUACAUUUCAUGGAGCAAUGGAGCAGAAGUUUCUAUUGGUGGACUGCCAAACAGUGGUGUACGGAUCAUACAGCUUCAUGUGGUCCUAUGAGAAAAUCAACCUGAGUAUGGUGCAGGUCAUAACAGGCCAGCUGGUGGAGUCCUAUGACGAGGAGUUUCGAACGCUCUUCGCUCGCUCCUCCAUGCCAGCAGUUCUCGCCCCUCCCGAGGGUGUGCUACUAGAAAGGAAUGGAAGGAAUGCUCUGGCAAAGUAUGCUUCUCAAUCCAGCCAAGCCUUUGAGAGGAAGGACCAGUUGAGACAUACCCUGGACACAGUGUAUAGGAAAGCCUGUGAGAGACAGAUGGGCAUGACGAGCCCUAUCAGAGAGAUGGAGGAGAGACUUUAUGAGGAGGAGCCAUUUCAACACAGACCCAUGGUCAAUCAUGGUGUGAGUGUUCAAAAACACAUCCAUCAGUUCCAGUCUGCAGAGACUGCAAACUUCCUGAAAAGACACAGUUAUGCUGGGGAGAGACAAGAAGUCUUGCAUGUUCCACACAACACAAGGUAUGGGGCAAGCAACUGGAAUGUGGCUGGAGAUGAAGGUUAUCACUGCGCCCCGGGAAGAAGCCACUUUUCCAAUGCUAUGGAUGACAAUUCUCAGGGGGCACAGAUGUACAGAGGUCACAAUAUUCGGCAGUCCUACCACGGAAAUGACAAACACGCCCGCUCCAUGCAGCAGAACAUACCAACUUUGGAGCACACGGCUAAGUCCUUCUUGCGCACAUAUAGGAUAGAGUCUUACCUCAAUAACACUGACACUCCUAUUGGGGAAUCAUGUGAUUAUUUGGACCAGUAUGAAGCUCUGGAAAACAAAGCUAGCUCAUUCAUUCCCUCCAGAGUUAGGUCAUCCCUUGUUUUCAAGUCCACUAUUCCAGAGCAACCGGAGACAAACAGUUACUCAAAAAACUAUUCCAUACGUCAGGUCGAUUCCUCUGCAAGGCAAAACAAUGCAACGUAUUACUCAUCAAUGCAACGGAAUCCAGCAACAUCAAUGGAAAACAGAAUGAGACAGGAUGAGUUUAUAAUGAAGAAGCAAAGUCUGCAGAUUUUGGAUGAUCCUAGGAAUAACAUUGGCUAUGGCCCAGGAAGAGACCCACAUCAGUCUGUCUAUGCCAGCCUGGGCAGAACCAAAGGGGGACUGGUAAUCAAAAACCCUGAGCUCCUCCAAGACAACUGGCACAAAAGGCACAGUGUGGCAGACCCAAAGUCCAACAUAGACUACAGAGACAAUAAAGAGUCCUCCAGUCACAUGUAUGGUGGAGCCUUUGUGAGGAAACAGGCAGAUAGUGGUGGAAUAAGAGUGGGUGCACAGAAUGGAGGAUAUUCUUCAAAUCUAAAUGAGGAUCAGAGAUCUGUCUCUCAAUAUGAUGUCAAAAACACAGUGGACAUAAAGAGACCCCCUCUUUCCAUUUGGAAAGAGCCUCCCUCCAGAACUGUGUCUGCAGCAGCCCUUGACAUGAACAGCAAAGAGCCCACUUACAAGUCCACCAGUACAGCACUGGGCUCACCUCGUUUCCUCAAGAAGAGCUCCAAGAAAAUCAGAUCGUUGCUCAACAUACCAGAGAAAAAAGAGGGUUCCCCUCUAACCAAGGAAAAUGUCAUUCCAAAAAGGGGUGGUAGCUCAGACACCAUAGUGACUGAGGAAGAAGAACAAAGACCAAACAGAGAGAGGAAGGUUGCAUCGCACAGUGGCACCACAAAUCCAACCAGAUCCCCUACCAGGCUAAAGAUGGACAAGAACCACUUUGCAGAUGAUAUAGGUAAAUCAUCAGCCCCUCGUUUCAGCACUGACGAGCUGCAGCAAAACCCUCCAGCCAGAGCUACAUCCAUUAGGACACAGGGGCAGCCUACUGCCAUUGAUGAAAGACAUGAAAGGGCAAGCCUUGCAUCAGGAAACUGGCGUAGCGAUCAGGGGGGCAGUAGUCGUUUGUAUAGCAGAUUUGAGCCUUUCUGCUCAUUUGAGAAGAAGCAACCCCACUCCUUACAAUCUGCAACAGACCCUGCACCCAUACAUGCACCAGAGAGGACCAAGAGCAUGCACUCUGCUAAAAGUAACUCCAACAAUGAACAACACAACCACACUGGCCAACAGACAACUAGCCACCAUGAAAACAAACUGGGGAAAUUUAUACAAAGAGUAGGGAAUUUCAUUCACAAAAAUAAGUAGUAGAAAAGAAAGUUAGCAUAGUGAACCAAGCUUACUGGUUGAAUGAUGACAUUCAAAAAAGCAAUCAAAUUGUUGACAGAUUGGAAACAGUGUACUGCACCAUUAAACUUGAAAACUGUUCACAUGAAUAGCUGACAUCCUUUCAGGUCUAUUUAGAGUAAUGGAAAACUGAUAAUUACUUCAAUUAAAUAUCAAUGUUUUGAUUAUUAGUAACACUUUCUACGAGGCACAAACAUACAAGCAGGGUCCGGGACAAGGUAUCACGGACAGUGAACUCAAGUCAGAGGACCACAGCUGAAUUCAGACCAGCAGAACUGGGUCAGCAGCACAGUCAGGUGAACAGGGGACAGGGACAGCCAGGUAUCGUCAGAUACCAGCCAGGUUGUCCUGAGGCACAGUCCUAGGGCUCCGGUCCUGUGGUAGGUGAGACAUAGCGAGAGAAAUAGAGGUCAAUAAGAGGUCAGAUGCAGGGAAUCUGAGUGGAGAGCCGGCCAAGCAGAGACCACAAGGGGUGCCACUGUCAGACUACGCUCAAUCAUAGGACUGACAGAAGAGAGAACCUACUGGGCACAGACGUCAGUUCAAUAUCUAGCUUCAUUUACAUUUGGUUGAGUUGUCAACUAACGUGAAAUCAACAAAACCUUUCACCAUGUCAUUGGAUUUAGGUGAAAAGUUGGGUGAAUACAAUACGAAAUCCAUUACGUUGAUGACUUUUUUCAAAUCCAAUCAGUUUUCCACAUUGAUUCAACAUCAUCACACAUACAUAUAUGUAUAUAAAAAAAUUCUGACGUGGAAACAACAUUGAUUCAACCAGUUUUCAGUCUAAGACAAAAAGAGAAAAGCUAAAAGUGUGUGUGUGCGUGUGUGUGCGUGCGUGUGCGUACGUGUGUGUACACUGCAGUGAGGAAAACACUGAACACAAUUUGUUAAAUCGUAUUUGCUCCUCGAGUCCAUAAUCUGUUACAUCAAAUGAAUGAGCCUCAUAGAAAGUGUUAUCAGAUAUUUAUUUUUUCAAACCCAAAACUAGAUCAGCUACUCAAAGGCUGUGAUGAGAGACUGAAAGUUAACUGUGUUAGAUAGGAUCGAUUCAUUUAUUAGGAUUAAGUAGCUACAGUAGCUUCAUUUCCAUAUGAAACACAUUAAAUGUCAUCAUUCAAUUUUAAAAGAGCUGUGAUCACAGACAGUGCAAAAUAUUUUUUCACAAUAUUAGACAAACCUAUCCAGGAUUUACAUUUGCAUAAUUGGGUGAAUGAGUUCAUUUUUUUUUUUUUACCUUUAUUUAACUAGGCAAGUCAGUUAAGAACAAAUUCUUAUUUUCAAUGACAGCCUAGGAACAGUGGGUUAACUGCCUGUUCAGGGGCAGAACAACAGAUUCGUACUUGUCAGCUCAGGGAUUUGAACUUGCAACCUUUCAGUUACUAGUCCAAUGCUCUUACCACUAGGCUAUCCUGCCACCCCAGUUUUUGGCAUUAUUGCAGCAUCUGGAGUUGUUUUGAUGACUAGCUUUCUUGGUAAAAUGCUUUGGCAAAAUAUGCUUGAAAAUAAAGUUAUAUUUUGUUCUACUGUGCCUGCAUGUGUUGUGGAUACAGGUGUUGUGAGAAAUGUAAUGGUACAAUGGGACAAUUUUAGGGAAAUGUACAUUGUAUGUCUUUGUAAAUAUAGUUGCUUU